UCAUUACAGUCUAGCGUAUAUGUUCACAAACUUACUAAGGUGGACCAAAAGCGCUGGGAAAGAGGACCAAAGAGUUUGUGUUCAGAUAAGAGAAACAUACAUAGACAUGUAAAUUAUCCUGGAAAGACUGAAGCUUCUACUAAAUUGCAGUUUUUAUUAGAAAGGAUAGCACACUGACCUACAGAGGCUGCCAGCUCCAAUUGUACCAAACACAAGUUGAUGACUGAGAACUCUGCAUCUCAUGAUGGACAAGAAAAGUGCCAACGGCUUUCAGACCAAGGCCAGCGAGGGCGGCGUACAGAGGAAACAGCUGCCCUAUUCAGUGGAGACUCCCUAUGGCUUUCACCUGGAUCUUGACUUCCUCAAGUAUGUAGAUGAUAUUGAGAAAGGCAACACCAUCAAAAGGGUCCACAUCCAGCGGAGGGUAAAGGGCCCACCUAAAUUCAGUACUCUGCCAAGAAAUUUCAGCCUCCCGGGUCAUGGCGUCAGGCCUCUGCCUAAGGAAGGGGCAUGGUCUGGGACAUCUACCUUGGGGCCAAAGCCUAAAUCACGUGUGACAGAGGUCCAACAAAUAUUUGACUUUAGGCCAAGUGAAGGGGCAACAUCCAGCCAUAGCAGCAGAGGGACAACCAGUCAAGGAACUGAAUAUAUUUCAAAAAAAUCCAGAGAUGAAGCAGGCACAAGCUUCCAAGGUACUGAAGAGAAAACUGCUGUGAGUCAAAGUCGACCGAACCUCCUCAGAGCAUCAUCAAUGCCCAUCACCCUCCAGCAGAGGAAAGGUUCAGAUUCGAGCAGCCCUGAUUGCAUGAUGCGAACGCCAGAAAAUGGAUCAACAGAGAACAUGUUCCGUGCCUCCCCAGACGUACUGGAAAGACGAUGCCUUCCACAGGAUCGAACAGGUCUUCACCAGCAGAUCACAGUAGCAUUAAAGCGAGUCAGAGAGCUGGAAGAACAGGUCAAAACUAUUCCAGAACUAAAGGCUCAGAUCUGCUCCCUGAGGGAGGAGCGGGAGCAGCUGCUGCGCCAAAUACAAACACAGUCCCAAGUUGAGCUUUCCACAUCCUCUGCACUAGCAACAACUUGUGAGAUAGGGGGAAACAGUCAAACCCGAAGACAAAGACCUUCAGGAGGUCUCAAUUUAUCUUUGGCAAUUCAACCAACUACAGGUGGAGCUCCUGAGCAUGUGCCAGUAAAUGUGGAAAAGAUACACAGGGAGACAAAAACAACUAAAGAGCUAGCAAAACAGAAGGAUGAUUCCACAAAACAAAAACAAAGUCUACCAUCAGAGAAAGUAGACAAACAAAAAGAGACAUCAGAGAGCCUGCUGGAUCAUGCAGUGGAAAAUUUAUCACAGGACACUGAAGUUGUUGCAAAAGAAAGUAAGAUUUUCAGAGAUAGUGAUGCAUCAAAAAUCGACCAAACUGGAAUGCUAAAGCUGGAGGAGAAGCUAAUGAUACUGGAGGUAAAACUUACUCAGGCUAGCCAGGAGCUAGAGAGAACUAAUGAUCUUUUGAAAGAACAAAUGGAAGAGAACAAAGCAAAAGAGGAGAGAAUAUUGCAACUGAGUGAGGGAAUGAGAGUGGAAAUUUGUACCACCCAAGCACCUGAUCAACCAAGAAGAGACAGCAUAGAUAUGGGAACAGUUACAGAGCGAAUAGAUCUCAGCCACCAAGAAACAGAGACAGAAAAUCCUGUUACAAUAGAUCAGGGGACAGAUACAGAUAAAAUCUGGGUUGAAGUUGCUGUACCCAAGCCAAGGGCUAGAAGUAUAGAUCAAGGAACAGUGACUAGUAAACUUGACUCACAUGACCUGCAAACAGAAAUGAAGGAUGAGGUAGCAGCGGCGAUACAACCUCGACCCAGAGCCAACAGCAUGGAACGGAGUACAAUAACUGAGAGCAUUGUCACUCAAGAUCAGACGACCAAGACACCUGCAGCUGAAAGGGUAAACCAAGUCACGGAGACAGAGGGAGAAACUUUGACAGACCAUCCACAGAGGCCAAGGGCCAGUAGCGUAGAUCAAGGGACAGAGACUGAAAGGGUGGACACUGUGGACAGAGUCACAGAGACCGAGGCUGCACAGAGGAGCGACCAGCAAACUGAGACAGAAAGACAGCAGGACAACAACCUGUCCCGAAAUGCAGAAGCAGAGGUUCAAGUGGGUGAAAGUGGAGCUGUCGGUCAUCCUGUUAGUAGCAUACCAGAAAGUGAAAAAUCAAAUGAAGGAGUUCCAAUAGAAGGUGAACAUGUUGCUGUGGAGGUUCCUACAAAGACAUUUGUUACAGAUUAUGAAGGCAUGGUUCUGCAAACUUUAGAUUCAGAGGCUGAAAAAAAGAUUAAAGUGUGUCCCAGCCCAGUCUCUGUACAAGAUGAUGCUAAGCCUGAAGUAAGCUCUGCAGAAGAUGACUCAAAAACUAAAGACAAUGAACUCUUAGAUAGUGUAGAAAUAAAAGCACUUAAAAAGACUGAGAUGGAGACAACAAAAAAAGAAAAUGAAGAAAAAGAAAUUGUGUGUGCAUCAGUCAAAGAAAAUGUGGUCCCUUAUACUGUAGUAGUAGCUGAACAUUCAGCUGUGAAGACAGUAGCUCCUGUUAGACCACAGAGAGGUCGCAAGCCCUCAGCAGAGCAAACACAGCCAUCACCUCCUCAACCUCAGCUUGUACCCAUGCUCCCCUGUAGAGGGUCCAGUGAAUCUGAAGCUGAGAAGACCACAACAAAAGUCCAGACUUCACCCCAAUUGGAAACCGAGUUAUCAGCACAACCCUCUGAACUACAGGAACAUGAUCACACACCAUCUGUGCCUCAAGUUCAAGACAGUAGUCAAGCAAAGAAUCUGCCUGAUGAGUUAACCGAAAAGCAGUCGAAUGCACAAACUCAGGGGGAAUCUCAAGAAGCUUCUUCAAGCUCUUGUGAAAUCCAAAUAAAGUCCAAAUCCAUUCAGUCCCACACCAAGUCUCAAACUGCAUCGCGUCGGUACUCAAAGGAGCAGAAAGCACCGCAGAGGGGAUCCAGUGUAUCGCACCCUCCGAGUCGUGAAUCAGGAGAAACCAAGAGCCGUCAAAUCCGCCAGGCGUCUGGUUAUACCCAGUCUCACUCUCAGAGCUUGCGUAGAAGCUCCACUGAGACUCAGUCAUCUCAAAAAGACACCAGUGAGACACAAUUGCUUCGAAGAGGCUCAAGUGAAGCAGCUCAGCGUCGUGGUUCAAGUGAGGCAAAGGCCUUGCGGCGAGAAUCCGGUGAGUCUCAGUCAGCUCGCAGAGGUUCUGAAUCACCGACAUCCCCUGCGGCUUUGGGACAAGUUGUAACUCGAAUAACAGGUCUUCUUGGGGAGCAGUGGGCACAGCUGGGAAGCAGCUCAGGAGCACCACAGACGACCAGCCAACAGGAGAGCCCCAAUGCACCAAAACAGACUGCAACCAAAAGGGCAGAAUCAGGAAAGGGAACCCCAGCAAAGGCUGCAGGCAAAGGCAUCCCUCCUGCAGCAACUGGGAAAGCAGCGGGAAAGUCUGGUGCUUCCAAAAUGAGUUCUAUUCAGAGCCAACUGGUCAGCUCCCUCAGUGUCCUCUCUGCCUUCUACUCUCCAGGUCAGAAAACAGCUGCCACCAGCAAACAGCAAGACCAAGGUCUCAAAUCUAUUAUGAAGAAAAAUGGCAUUGCAGACAAGCAGGGAAGCAAGGGAGCCAAGAAAAACCUUAAGUUUGUUGGGGUGAACGGAGGCUACGAGACUACAUCCAGCGAGGACUCCAGUGGAGAUGAAAAGUCAAGAGUAGAAGUGGAGGAUGAAGACACAUCUGAAGUCGUGGUAGAGAAAGAAACAGACAAGGAGUCAGAGGAAGCCGCAGAGAUCCAGAGGGCAGAUGCUGAGGCUGCUGUUGCUCCUGGUGCUGCUGUUGCUGAAGAGGGAGGUGCUGUGGGUGAAGAGAAAGAGGUUGAGAGGGGCCUAUUGGAUUUAGAAACUGGCCACGAGCUCCUGCAGGAGGAAGAGGCAGAGAGGGAGAAAGUUGACAAAGGAUUCAUUGAUGCCUGCAUGUAUGUAAAGGAUCGCAUGGAAGAGGUUUCAUCUCCAGAUAAAGAAAUGCGUCAGGUGUUAGUGGUGCUCUAUCAGGAGUGGUUCAGGGUCUCCAGUCAGAAAGACUCCCAGGCAGAUACAGUCAGAUUAUACCUGAGACAAGUGGGACUGACCACCCCCACUCUGCUGCCAUAUGUUGUUAACUUGACUGACGGCAAUGGAAAUAUGGCUCUCCACUACAGUGUGUCGCAUUCUAACUUCUCUGUGGUCAAGCUGCUGCUGGACACCGGUCUUUGUGAAACAGACAAUGUGAAUAAGGCGGGCUAUACUCCAGUGAUGCUGGCUGCCCUGACGGCUGCUGAAAGCCCUGAUGAUCUAGAGGUGGCCGAGCAGCUGCUAAAACUUGGCGAUGUCAAUGCACGCUCCAGACAGGCUGGCCAGACUGCUCUAAUGCUCGCAGUGAGCCAUGGCCGCGUUGCCAUGGUGAAGCUGCUCCUGAGCUGCGGUGCGGAUGUGAAUGCCCAGGACAGCGAGGGAUCUAGUGCCCUGAUGUGUGCUUCCGAGCACGGACACACGCACAUUGCUAGUUUGCUGCUGGAGACAGGUCGCUGUGAUAUAGGGCUCACAGAUAAGAAUGGUCAAACAGCCCUGUCGGUGGCAGAAGCAGCUGCUCAACAAGACAUCAUUGAUCUUCUAAAAUCCCAUGCAUCGGAGCCUACAUCUGCUGCAGACUUCCUCUGAGUUCUACACAGUUUUCCAAACCAUUCCAGGUCAACAACUGCCUCUAUUUCCAUGAUCCUCUUCCUACAAACUGAAGGGAAAAAAGGCUAAACUAAAUACUGUAUAUGACGCCAUAUAAGAUAAGCAUGGAUCUGCCUUUUGGACCUCUGGAAAUGGAGCGUUUCUUUUAUGCCUCGGCUAUAAUGUCCUGUGGGGUUUAUGCUGAUGAAAUGAUUAAUGAGGGUUCAUCAAAUUGAAAAUCAGACAUUGCUGUAGCAACAAAUUGCAACCAACAGCAGAUUAAGCAGGGCACAGGGUAAGAAUGGAAAAAAAUGGAGGAAACCUCUAAACUGCUGCAUCUUAAUAUAAACUAACUCUUAAAGCAAAAUACUAAGCACAUGAUCUACCUUUUAAAUAUAUAAAGUAUAACGUUAUUUCUAUUUUCUUUAAUGACAUUGACAUUGUUUGUUUUUCAUAUUUGGACAUAAGCCAUUAUUAAGAGUGUAAUAUAUAUAGAAUGUUAUUCUAAUAGAUUAUGAUCAUACAGAGACUGUAUUUUCUACUGCACCUUUUUUAUUAUCUAUGUGUACAGUAAAUAUGCAUCUACUCAACUCCAGAGGAAUCUAUAUAUCCAGGAAUUAUAAAAGAAGACGUCAAAUAAUGAAUCAUUUCUCCACAGUGGUCAUGUUUUUCACGUGGUUCCUGAGUGAUCAUCAUUUGUGAGUUAUUGAAAAACAAAUGGUUUAGUCUAAAUGAAUUUCAGUAUUUUUUCUAACAAUAUAUUGAGGCUGGAAAAAGUCAAGUCAAGAGAUUGUACUGAGCUGCAUGCUAAUUCAGUUACUCUCCCUACCGGCUGUUUUAAAUAUAGUACCACACACCAGUAUGUUGUAAUACUGUUUGUGAUCAUGAGCUCUCUGUUGUCAUCCAUGAAAAAAAAAAAAAAAGUAUUUGUUUGGAAUCGAAUCAUGUAUGCAACACAUGCAGAAUGCACAAUGAAUGUUGGGCUGGCUGUGACACAUUCCAAGAGAAAGGAAAGUGUAGCAAGUUUAACUAACCCUGCAUGGAUGACAAGAUUAACCUGAACUGUCAGCAAAAGACUUUGCAUCAUUCUAGAUAGGGACUUUAUUCCAAAUAUAUCUAUAUCUAGAGACUUUUAAUUAACGCAGGUGAUGAAGGAGUCUAUAAAUUGUGCAACUUUGUUCAUCAGGUUCUCGUAUCCAAGACUUAGAAAAACACACCUGACAAAUUAAAAUCCUCAGCAGGGAGUUUUGUUUGCAAUAAGAAGCAAUAAAAAAUAUUACAUUGUCAGUCAUAAAUCAUGCAGGUGGUGGAACAAUGGUCUAGCCUUAAUUGGAUAACUGUUAUUAUUUUAGAGCUGAGGUUUUAUUUUCCAGGAUAACAGAUGUUCCUCUGAGGAGUCUUUUCUAAUGGAGUUCAUUGCAGGAGUGUGGUCUAAAGAAAUGUUUUCAAUGAAACAUUACUUCCACAAAGACCACAACAAAUGUCAAACAUUAAAGGAUGUUUACACGAUCAAAGGGGAUAAGAUAAAAUAAUUCAGCAAAUAUUUAAACAACACACCAGUCCCCUUCCUGAUAAAAAUGUGCGCAAAGCUAUAAAAUAAAUUCUGGAACUUUUGCUGGUAAUACUUUCUACAGUCCCCUUUGUCCACCUAGAUAGCACUUAGCCAUUUCCUAUAACAAUUCACAAGAUUGGAGCACACAGGGAGAGGAAUCUUUGACUAAUAAUCUAUACAAGAUGGAGAUGGUGAUGAAAGAAGGUUAAUUUACUACCUGAUUAACAAUGUCUGUCUUGAAUCUGCUAUAUCUUCUAAAUCAUUGCCCCGAUGAAAGACCUGAUACUGGCCCAUUUUCAGUGUUCUGGUAGAGGUCACCAAAUGUUUACAGUUAAUGUCCUGGUAUUCCAAAGAGUUCAUGCCCACAGCAUCAUAAAUACUCUACUAUACUUAGCAGUGGGCAUGUAGUGCUUUUCCACAUAUUCAUCUUUUGUUUCUUGCUGCAUCCACAUGGAGCGUAUGUUGCCAAAAAUAUCAAUAUCAUUCUGAUCUGAAUAAAGCAUUUGGUUUCCGUUAAGGUCACAGUAGAAUAUAGCAAACUGCACAUAAUUGUGGCACCAAUAAUUUUUAUCCAUACAUCAAUUUUCUAGAACUGCUUAAUUCUUCCUUGUCGAGAUGGAGCUUGUGCCUAUCACCAGCAGUCAAUGCUGGAAAGGUGUGUACAUUUUGGAGAGGUCCAUCACAGGGCACCAACUAUUUUUUCAUAAACCAUUUUUCCCUAAAACCAGUGCCAAUAAACGUGGAUUGAUCUAUAUUUGGGACCUGGUUAAAUCUGAUUUAUUUUGGGGUAAAUCCAUUUGCAAGUGUCAAUAGAAGUACAAGUCAAAGAAUAUUGAUUGUCAUUCAAGUUAAAAAAUGUAAUACCUGUGAGUAACAAUCUAAUCUGCAUGAUAAAAUCCAUUUCUUUGUGUUGAGGGAAGACUUCAGGAAAUUAAUCAAACCGGAGGAUUUCUUGCACAAUUUUAUCAUAACUGUUAACAACAUUUAGGCUCUACUUAUCUCUAAAAUUUGAUUCCAGUUUUAUUAAUUUUCCUUUUUAAUGAAUUUAUUUGCUUUCCUGACACUUUACCAAAGUAUAUUCUUUUCUAUUCUAAUUUUCUUUUGCAGUGUGUUCACCCCAUCGAUCCCACAUAAACUAAAUCAGGAUUUGGCACAUAACUGGGAAUCUAACUAUAAUAUAGAAGAUGCUAUUUAUAAGACGAUAUAUAAAACUCAGACAUAAAACUUAACUUUUUACAGAUGGUUUAAAUAAUAGCACACAUUUUGAUGUAGCAUUAAUUAAUCUCUGUGCUACAGUUACAUGUUAAAACAAGAGAUAUAGACAUGAGUUCCUUUUACACAGCUGAGGGAUGGUCUAACCUGUGCUGGGAGAAGUGUCUGGUCUUCCGUGCCUACACAUCUUUAUGGAAAUUUAUGUUUAAUCCAGUGUGACCCAGAUAUUGUAAAAUUUCACAUCUGGUUGAUCACCAAAGACCUGAAAUUUGUUCCACAUGGGGAUAAACAUGUGUGUUUUCUUCUGUUAAUCCAGCCAAAUACAUGUACAUAAAGUAUUGUGAAAAGUAUAUAACAAGUAUUGUCUGACAGUCUUACAAAUAUAUGAGGUAUUUAUUCUAAAUGCUAUAUUUUUACCAUAUAUAUAUACAUAUAUAACAAAAUUAUAUAUGCAUGGAGACAAAAACUCAAGUAAUAGUGCUUGAGGCAAACUUGGUUGUGAUUAUUUCACCUAACGUUUACUGAUUGAAUGUUUGUGAUAACAUGUGUGACUUGGUAAGGUUGUGGAUUACCGUGUGCUCAUCAUGCUAAUUUGGAAAUGUGCAGGGAAACAGCAAAAAGUGAUCUCCUGCAGACUUGAGCUAUGAGGGCAAUGUCUCCCUUGUUUGAAUAUUAAUCUGAGAGUCCAUAAAUAUGACAAGAUUCAAAUGUCAAAAAUAUUUACUUUUCUGUAAUAUUCAAUGUGGAACAAGCUUGUAUCUAACAGACCAGAGAACUACUUCUAAAUAAAUAAACAUUUCAAAAGUUA